GGCCGCAAUCACACACCAUAUAUAUUUAUGAUACAUGGAACGUUCCCACAUUAGUUUAGAAAGUCUGUUGUCCAAGGUGGAUAGCUUUAACAAAGGCGUCAUGGACCGAAUGGAUAACUAUAAACAACUUAUUUUUGGAGCGAAGCCGAAAUGGACAGUGAUUCUGACAGUCACUGCAUGCAGUGCAAGUGCCUUGGUCCUUUUGUUGAAAUGGUUCGGACACCAACAGUCGUGGAAGAAAAUUCAGAAGGCAAAAGUGCGAAGAGAAAAGUCGCUGCAACGAGCAGAGCAUGCUGUCUGUCAGUUCAACGAGUCGCACCCUGAAACAGACACCUCUCUCAUCCUCUCACUGUCCCUGGCUGAGCUGUCCAAACAACUGAAGGACGGAACACUAACUCCACAAGCUGUGUUCCACUCAUACAUGGAAAAGACCUUGGAGGUGAAUAGGAGACUGAACUGUUGCACUGAGGUCCUGCUGGAAAGUUGGGAUCAGCUGGAGGAUGUUGACUCUCACAAGGAUGGUCUCCUUUAUGGGGUCCCUGUCAGCAUCAAGGAAAAUAUUGGAUACAAGGGUCAUGACUCUACGUGUGGCGUAAUCUGUAAAUUGGACCUGCCUGCCACAGGGGACAGUGUGCUAGUUGAAGUGCUGAAGAGACAAGGCGCCAUUCCCUUCGUCAAGACAAACGUGCCCCAAGGCCUGCAAAACUUUGACUGUGGUAACCCUAUCUAUGGGCUGACUCUGAACCCCCACAACCCCCAGAAGACAUCAGGGGGCUCGUCUGGUGGGGAAGGGGCGCUGAUCGGAGGAGGGGGCUCGGUUCUGGGCUUAGGGUCCGACAUCGGGGGCAGCAUCCGCAUCCCAUCAUCCUUCUGUGGCAUCUGUGGCUUCAAGCCCACGGCCAACAGGCUGAGUUUGCGAGGUGCUAGCUCCUGUAUCCGGGGCCAAAAGUCCGUGCUGUCGUCCCUUGGGCCCAUGGCAAGAGACGUAGACAGCCUGGCUCUCUGUAUGCAGGCUCUGCUCUGUGACCACAUGUUCAGACUGGACCCCACGGUACCACCCAUCCCAUUCAACCAACAGGUAUACCAGAGCUCCAAGCCCCUGAGGAUCGGUUACUAUGAGAAUGACGGCUAUGCUAUGCCCUCUCCAAGCAUGGGCCGAGCCCUGAGGGAGACCAAGGCCCUGCUGGAGAAAGCAGGGCACACGUUGGUUUCCUUCAGUCCCCCAAGGCUGGUCUAUGCCAUGCAUGAGCUGGUUGUCAGGGGUCUCUUAGGCGACGGAUGCACUACCUUGCUUAGCCACCUGAAAGGGGGGCCUGUUGACCCGUGUCUCAGGGAUCAGAUUAUCCCCUACAGUCUGCCUCGCACUGUGAAGAAAAUCCUCUCCAUUCUCCUCAAGCCUAUAUUUCCCCGCAUCGCUGCCUCUCUGGAUAGCCUGCGUGGAGUUGGCUCCGUGCAAGAUCUGUGGAGACAUCACGCGGAUGUGGAAGACUACAUACAUGAGGUGAUUGCAGAGUGGAGAAGGUGUGAGCUGGAUGUGCUGCUGUGUCCCAUGGUUGGUCCAGCCUACAUCCAUAACUACCCUGGCCAGCUUACCAGUACACUCACCUACACUAUUAUCUACAAUCUCCUUAACUUCCCUGCUGGGGUGGUUCCUGUCUCCACGGUUACAGCAGAGGAUGAGGAAGAACUCAGGCACUACAAGGGAAACUAUGGGGACCUCUGGGACAAGCUCUACAAAAAGGCAGUGACUGACGGAGAGGGGCUUCCUGUGGCCGUCCAGUGUGUGGCCCUGCCCUGGCAGGAUGAGCUCUGUCUUCGAUUCAUGAGAGAGGUUGAGAUGCUGGUCAGAGAGGAUAAGAAAUGAGAGGUCGACGGAGAGGGAGAGAUGGUAACGGGGACCUGUAGUAGUACAAAUUCAAUAUAACAUUGUUCUUGUGAUGCGAGGUAACUUGAGUAGGCCCCCUCGCCCAGGUAAUCCUAAAUGUCUAAGAAAGCAGAUUGGAGUGAAGACUGAUCCAAGUGCACUGAGAAACACUAUGGGUCGUUCUUGGCUGCUAUCAGCGCACCAGACCUUUUAAAUAGGCAUUUAAGUACAUGGGAAGUAAUAUUUUUCUUACACACUCAAGGAAAUUGAAAAAUUAUGUUUACCUCAGUUGAUUAAACCCCCCCCCCCCCCCCCCCCCACUUAUAAUGUAAGGAAACCCUAAUGAAGUAAGACAUUACUUGGUAUUUGUCAAUUAUAAUCAACAUAUGCAUUUAUCAUUAUAUAGGAAGAUGAGUUUGACUUCUAGCUCUGACUCUACUAAUAGCUACUUUAUUGAGGAAGAAUGUCCUUUCUAUGGCUGUGAUAUGUGGUUGUCCCACCUAGCUAUCUAACUGUAAGUCGCUCUGGAUAAGUGUCUGCUAAAUGACUCAAAUGUAAAUGUAUGUUUUUCGUAUCUCAAAUUAAACAAUUAUUUAAUAUA